CGCCUGCCCGCGGCGUCACAGACAGGCUGCGUUCCCGCCAGAUAUUUAAGUUUCGUUUCCAGAGGUUACCGAGAGUUCCCUUUCCCGCGGUCUUUCCCCGAAGUCGAUUCUUCCUUACCGGAGCAGAGAGACGCGGUUAUGGAAGGUCAGUGCCGAAGGCCGACGGCAUCGCGCGCUAAGAAGCCGGCUGAGAAGCGAGCCACGACGGAGCCCAGCCGGACCGUGGCCGCCCUGUCCCACGCGGGAAGCUACGGCCCGCAAAGGGGGGCGCGAUCGCGGCGUGCGGAGCCUGAAGGGGACCCCACGGAGAAGCUGCGCGCCCGAGUGCCCCCGGCGCGUGCAGGAAGGGUGUCCGUGCGCACCAAGGACCUUCAGCCCUCGGCCACCGGCGCGGCGGGAGACGCUGAGCCCCCCACUGUUCAGCCCGCUGUUCCGGAGCCCCAGCCGCCAGCAGUCCCGGAGGCCCAGCCUCCCGCAGACCCCGAGGCUCCUGCCGUCGCCAGAGGUCCUAGCCGCAGGAGGGGCGCGCGCUCUGUGAGGCAGCCUAGAGCGCCUCGAGGGUCCAGGAAGGAGCAGAACGAGACUCCGGACAGAAAGCUCAAGAAGGUGCUGGAAAAAUUGAGGUUGAAACGCGAGGAGAUCUCGGUGGCGGCCGAGGUGGUGAAUGGGGUCGUGAAGCACCUGCUGUCAAGACUGCGGAACCGUGAGUCUGAGUUCAAAGGCGUGCAGCAACUCAACACUGGCAGCUACUAUGAGCAUGUGAAGAUUUCUGCUCCUAAUGAAUUUGAUGUUAUGUUUAAACUGGAAGUCCCCAGAAUUCAGCUACAAGAAUAUCGUGACACUGGUGCUUUUUAUCUUGUGAAGCUGGGAAGAAUUCCAAGAGGAAAUCCACUGGCUCAUUUUUUAGUAGAUGAAAUAUUAUCAGCUUCCAAGAUGCUGUCAAAGUUUAGGGAGAUCAUUAAAGAAGAAGUUAAAGAAAUCAAAGGUAUAGAUGUGAGUGUGGAGAAGGAAAAACCAGGAAGUCCUGCUGUAACACUUCUUAUCAGAAACCCUGAAGAAAUAUCUGUGGAUAUCAUUCUGGCUUUGGAGUCAAAAGGCAGCUGGCCUGUUAGUACAAAAGAAGGACUACCCAUCAAAAACUGGCUUGGCACCAAAGUUAGGACCAAUCUAAGAAGAGAGCCAUUUUAUCUUGUGCCCAAGAAUGCAAAAGUUGGAAAUGGUUUUCAAGGCAAGACAUGGCGCCUCUCAUUCUCUCACACUGAAAAAUACAUUUUGAAUAAUCAUGGGAUAGAGAAAACAUGUUGUGAAUCUGCUGGAGUCAAAUGUUGCAGGAAAGAUUGUUUAAAAUUAAUGAAAUACCUCUUAGAGCAGUUGAAAAAAGAGUAUGAAGAACUAGAUGCAUUCUGUUCUUACCACGUGAAAACUGCAAUCUUCCACAUGUGGACUGAGAAGCCACAGGACAGUCAGUGGGACCCCAAGCACCUAAGCACCUGCUUUGAUGACUUUUUGACAUUUUUUGCUGAGUGCCUCAGGACAGAGACACUGAUGCAUUACUUUAUUCCAAAGUUUAAUCUGUUCUCUCAAGAGCUAAUUGACCAAAACAGUAAAGAAUUUCUGUCAACGAGAAUUGAAUAUGAAAGAAACAAUGGAUUUCCAAUUUUUGAUAAGUUUUGAAAUUUGCAUUUGUGUAUCUGUUAUAAUGUGUUCUUGUGGGUGCGUGGUUAGGGCAGAGGUUGAAGCAAAUGUCUUCCUCCAUCACACUUUUUUUGAGACAAAGUCUGCCCCUGAACCCAGAGCUCAGGGAGCUGUCCAGGCUGAUCAGCCAGUGAGCUCCCAGGAUCCACCUGUCUCUGCUUCCCCAGUCCUGGGAUCAUAGGUGAGCAUCACCUAUACAGCUUUUACAUUGUUGCUGGGGAUCUGAACUCAGGUCCUCUUGCUUACAACAAGUACUGUACUGACUGAGCCAUCAUCCCAGUCUGAAACUGUAUUUUGAAAUGAGAUUGGGUUAAGGCACUUCAGUCCAUUAUGGUGGUGUAUGCCUGUACAGGAGUAGAGGAGGCAGAAGAACCCUAGCUCAGGGUGACCCUUGGCUGUAUCUCUAGUUCAAGGAUCGCCUGGGCCACAUGGAAUCUACUUAAAGUACAAAGGGGCUUGGAGAGAUGGCUCGGUGUUUAAGAUCACUUGUUGCUGUUUCAGAGAACCUGGGUUUUGUUCUCAGCACCAAAUGGCAGGUCAUAACUGUAACUCCAGUUCCAGGGAACAUAGUCCAACCCCUGCACCAUUUUGCUUGCACAUGUUGCACACACACAAAUACCCAUGAAAAAUAAAUAUUUUUGAAAAGAAGAAAAAAAACCAGAAAAUUAAACUGAUAUGAUCCCAUGAUA